AUUUCCAAUUCUCAAAAUCAUGUAACUGCAACUGAUUCAUCUACAACCAAUUUUAUGACAGUUACACCAUUAGUUUCUACUGGUACAGAUAAACCAAAUGGUACAAAUCAAAGUAUAAUAGUAAAUACUAAAAGUGCAGUUGAUACAACAACAACAGAUUUUACAACUAAUACUUAUGGAGUUUCUAUUGGUUCAACUAGAUCAAAUAAUUUCAUUCAAAAUUAUGUACCAAAUACCACUACAUCGAAUUUUCCAACCGAUAGUACAACCGUUUCUACAGGAACAACAAAUAUGUCAAAUAAUCCUAGUCGAAAUUCCAUAAUGAACACAACGAAUAUAAUAGACACAACAACACCACAUUCUACAAGUGAUACACCGACAGUUACAACAGGAACAACUCCGGUAAUUUCUACAACAGACUAUGUUACCACUACUACUACAAAAACAAUUGUUACAACCAAAGCAAUAACAUAUCCAAACCCAACGACAGUUGUAGUGCCACCUCCACAGGACAUAUGUACUUCGGAUUUAUGUUAUACUGAGUCACUGAAAAUUGUUAGUAAAAUGGAUCCUUCUAAGGAUGCUUGUACCGACUUCUAUGAAUUUGCUUGUGGAGGUCCAGGAUUAGAUUCAAAACAGUCAAAAAAUAAUAACACAUUUUUACUUAAUUAUGUUAAUGAUUACUCAGAGAGUGUCUCAUUUUUGUUGCUAUACCAACAGUUUUACACAUCAUGCAUGGAAUAUGAUAAUGAAUACAAUUAUAAAGACAGAUUACAAUUUGUUUUAGAACGUUUCAAUAAUAUAAAUAGUGCCACGACGGAAUUGUUUGCUGAGACGAUAUUAACCCAAAGUUUGCCACUGUUUGAAAUAAAUGUGGAUUUUUUGGAAGGAACCGACAAUUUUACCCUAAGGAUAUCGAAUGGAGGAAGUGGCUUAAGAAACAAAUUAAAGGACUGGGAUUAUAGAGAAUUAUGCAGUAAAAAAUGUUUAAACAAACAAAGAAUAAAUAUCUACAAGCAAUUUGUCGACUUAAAUGAGAUAUAUGAGUCAUACACUGAAUGUUCUAAGACCUGCUAUAUAAGUGCUUUUCGUCAAUUUUUAAAGACAAUCAAUGAUACAGUGAAAAUUGCAAAUGACCACAUAGAACUGCUAAAAAUAAAUAGUUUACUUGAAAAAAUAUCAGAUUUGCCAACAUAUAUGAAUCAAAUUACGUCUCUUUCGGUACAUGAUUUAAAUAAACAAAUGCCUAUUCUUGAUUUGGAUUGGAUUGAGCUGUUGCACCAAAUCACUGGCAGACAACACCUUAAUGAUUUAAUCCAAGUUGAAAAUAUAGAAUAUUUUAAAUUUUUGAUAGAUGAAAUGGCUAAUCUUCAAUUUAGUAGUAAAACUAUAAAAUAUUUACUUUUACUUGCGCAAGGACUGACCUGGUACGAAAAUACAGUUAUCCCGAAACACAUAGAAAAACGAGAAUUUCAUUGUUUAGAAAUAACAAAACAAUUAAUGCCCGACAUCACAAAUUAUAUUUUUCAAAGUGUUACACCAAAAUUUGUAUAUUAUAACCAUUUACCAGUAGCAUAUUUUUUACGCAUAAGAAGUUAUAUUGCACAAAUAUUUAAUAAUUCUAAGAUUAGAGAUGUGAGAUGGGGUGAUUUGCUUAAAAAUAUACAUCUUGUUAAAGAGACACCUCAAGACAAGAACUUUAAAGAUAAAUUACAUAGACUUUACGAUUCCACCACAUUGAAAAAUGAUUUUCAGCAGAAUUUAUAUCAGAUAAUGAAGAUUUAUAGAAAAAAUAUUUAUGACGUAUCUUUUUCGGAAAGAGCUAAAAGCAAAUUGUUUACAUAUUUCAUAGACUCUUAUGAUGAGUUUCCCCAUACAUUUGUAUCAAUUAACACAGUGGCUGUACCACUUGGUAUGUUCCAUUCUGUACCAGAAAGUCUUCCUGAAAAUAUACGACACACUAAAUUGACAUUUAGGUUAGCCCGUGCCAUAAUGAAGCAUUUUAAUAAGAAGACCAUUGAAAAAAUGGGAGAUCCGAUAAUGACUGAAUAUCAGACAGUUUUAGAUCAUAGUUUGGCAGCAGAUCCCACACAAUAUUUUGGAAGAGAUAUUGAGCUAGAUGUUUCAGAAUUAGAUGAAUUAUCGGCAGAAGAUCGGCUUAUCGAAACUUCGGCGUUCUCCAUCGCUGAUUCUUUAAAACCCAAAACCAGUAAAAAAUUGCCUUUGUUAAGCGAAUAUUCGAUUGACCAGGUGUUUUAUAUUACAGCUGCUCAAGAGUAUUGCACUGAAAAAGAAGAUCUGUUGGAUUUCUUGUAUAAAAGCAAGAUGGCUAAUCCACUGCCAGCAAUAUUCCGCAUAAAAAAUAUUGUGGAUAAUACCAAAGAUUUCUACAAUUGCACUUCAUUUAAUGAAAUUCUUGCAUUUCCUUUAUAUUUACAUAAUAGUAAUGGAAAUUUAUUGUAGAAAAAAUUAAUAAAAAAUAAAAGGAAAA